CUGGGUGUCGUGAAAGUGUCGUGAAAGCGGCCUUCCUUGACGGUUCCGGGCCACCUGUAAUAAGCGGGUCGUGCUGGAGUGUGGAAAUUAGUAUGGGGACAUCCUUGCGGCUUGGGCAUUGCCGGGUUCCCGCGGAGAAGCAGGCGGCCGGCGCCUGGGACUGCUGAGUUCUCUAUCGGGACUGCACGGCGGCCGCAAGGCCAUGCUGGCUUGGCGCGUGGCGCGCGGCGCGUGGGGGCCCCUUCGCGUGGCCGUUCGGCCGCCGGGGGCGCGGCUCGGCAGGGGCGGCUCCCGCAGGGCCCUGCUGCCGCCCGCGGCCUGCUGCCUGGGCUGCCUGGCCGAGCGCUGGCGCCUGCGUCCGGCCGCCUUCGCCUUGAGGCUGCCCGGCGCCGGCCCGCGGAACCACUGCUCCGGUGCUGGGAAGGCGGCGACCCCGGGGCCGGCGGCCGGAGGAGGCGCCACCGCGCAGGCCCCGGGCGCCCCUUGGGGCCCGGCGAGCGCCGCCAGCCCGUAUGAAAAUCCAUGGACAAUCCCAAAUAUGUUGUCAAUGACGAGAAUCGGCUUGGCCCCAGUGUUGGGCUAUCUAAUUCUUGAAGAAGAUUUUAACAUUGCACUAGGUGUUUUUGCUGUAGCUGGGCUAACGGAUUUGUUGGAUGGAUUUAUUGCUCGAAACUGGGCCAAUCAAAAAUCAGCUUUGGGAAGUGCUCUUGAUCCACUUGCUGAUAAAGUUCUUAUCAGCAUCUUAUAUGUUAGCUUGACCUAUGCAGAUCUUAUUCCAGUCCCACUCACUUACAUGAUAAUUUCAAGAGAUGUAAUGUUGAUCGCUGCAGUGUUUUAUGUCAGAUACCGAACUCUGCCAACACCGCGAACACUAGCUAAGUAUUUCAAUCCUUGCUAUGCUACUGCUAGGUUGAAGCCCACAUUCAUCAGCAAGGUAAAUACAGCAGUCCAGUUAAUUUUGGUGGCAGCUUCUUUGGCAGCUCCGGUUUUCAAUUAUGCUGACAGCAUUUAUCUUCAGAUACUGUGGUGUUGUACAGCCUUCACUACAGCUGCGUCAGCAUACAGUUAUUAUCACUAUGGUCGGAAAACUGUCCAGGUAAUAAAGGGCAAGUGAGAGACACCCGGCUCCAGCAGCAAGGAAGCAGCUUGCAUCAUCGAUAGCAGUGCCAGCGAAAGCUACAGGACUUUCCCCAUCUUGGUGUUCAGCUUGAGAAAGAACUUGUCAGACAAACCAUGUCUUCAAACCGAAGUAAUGUACGUUGAAAAUAAGCUCUAUCAUGGGCCUAUGCAGAAUUUCCAGUGUAUUUUUAAAUACAAAUAAAACUAUAAUGUAGAAUUUUUAAUCCUAAGUUUUUGAUUAAUUCGUGAGAUGAAUUAUUCUAGUUACUGUUUUUUUAAAAAUGUUUUUCAAAAACAUUGUUGAUAGCAUUGAAACAGAAAAGCAGGAGGGAUUUCCUGAGAUUAGGUAUAUACCCUACACAGCGUGGCUACGCAUUUUUAUGUUUGAAUUUUAAGUCUAUAUACACAUUAACAGUUUAUGUGGUUAAUACUUGACUGUUUGAAAAGAUGAGAAUAAACUUAACUGUGGGUAGGGUAAAGGUGUACAGAGACUUAAAAUGUACAGAGCUUUGAAAAUAAAAAAGAUCAAAUAAAAUAGAUGGUAUUGGAGUUCAUCAGUAGUCUUCCAGCCUCUCAGGUACCAAAUAGUUUAUGUAUUAGGAUAACAGGUAACACAGGAGUCAGAAAGGAGAACAUGUAAUAGGCUUUGCUUCUAAAAGGCGGAGAAUUACAUCAUGCCUCCCCACUACUUCAGAUGUGAUGUUUGUAUGAUAUUGUAACCUGUACUCAUAUGUCAUGUAAAUAAUAUAAAACUUUAUAUUUUUUGGA